AUUUGCCUCUGCAGGGCUGCAGACCUUCCGCAGCGGGGCUUUGUGCGGAGGGGCUCAGCGGAGGGGAAGCGGAAGACCUACGGCCUUUUGGAUGGGAAAACUUUUACAGUUUGCCUCACUCAACUGAGACGGUUGGGUGACUGUCAGGUGGCUGUUCAUCCAGCCCACAGAGUGGGAGCUCUGAGGUGUCCUAAGGUACUAUCUAAGGUCAGAAGACGAUAACUCUUUAACCUUUGUUUGAAGGUUGAAGCAUGGGACUUGGACAGAGAGACCAGGUUUGAAUACUGGAGCUAAGGGCCGAUCAAAGAAAAACAGAAUGGCUGAAUAAAAGGAACAUGGUCAUCGUGGAACUUCUUAGCAAGGAAGCUGUGUGAAAGUGAAUAACGACCCUUAGUGGAAAUGGAGGAGCAUGCCCGAACAGGAGUGGAGACAGGGGAGGGAUCCGGGGCAUCAGGAAGAGACCCAUUUUCAGGCCAGUCUGGAACCUCUAGGGAUGUAUCCCAAUGGGCAGCAACCCGACAAGAAGGGGUACCUCAGCGCUUGGAAACUCCAUGGCAAGAGUAUUUGAAAACAGUCCAGUACCCCUCUUCCGGAUGGGCAACAGCACAGCUUCCCGAUUUGGCUUCCUGGGAUGACGUGACUGCGUUUGACCGUGUGGUAAAUGCCUGCCAGUGGCCUAGAGAAGGGAUGAGCCGCCUCAUGCCUGCUCUCAGCGCUGAUGCACAGCAGGCAUUAAGCAACCUGAAUGCUAGAGACAAAGGAGACCAUGGGAAGGCCAAACCUGCCACCCUGCGAGGAAACCCGAGCAGCACUGAGGUGCAGCGCCAGCGCUUCCGCCAGUUCCGCUACCAGGAAGCAGAAGGGCCUCGGGAGGUCUGCAGCCGGUUGCGGGAGCUCUGCCACUCCUGGUUGGAGCCAGAGAGCCGCACCAAGGAGCAGAUCCUGGAGCUGUUGAUCCUAGAGCAGUUUCUGACAGUCCUGCCCAAGGACAUCCAGAACCAGGUUCGAGAACGUGGCCCUGAGACUUGUGCCCAAGCGGUAGCUUUGGCAGAAGGGUUCCUUCUGAGACGGCAAGAGAGAUUGCAAAAUGAGCCACAGGCGACAGCCCUAAAUCUCUCUGAAGGCCAGCGGUCUGUGUCAGAUGUCCGACAGAGGCAGCUCACCAAGACUGGGAACAGGAGGGCCCGAGUGUUGGGUGUCAAGAUGACAAACAGAGCUGGUGGGCAGAUUCAGCCACAAGCUGCCAGGGAAGAGGAGGCCCGCUCAGCUUCUGGGAGGCCUCCCAGGAAGCAUAAACCCCACGUCUGUAUUGAUUGCGGGAAAUGUUUUUCCCGCCCAUCAGAGCUGGCUAAGCAUGAAAAUACCCACACGGGAGCAAAGCCCUUCCGUUGCAUGGAGUGCGGGACAAGGUUUAGCCAGCUAUCCCACCUGACAAGGCAUCAGAGAAUCCACACGGGGGAGAAGCCGCACUCAUGCUCCGAGUGUGGGGCAGCUUUUGCCCAGCGUUCCUCCCUUAUUAGUCACCAGAGAGUGCACUCUGGAGAACAGCCGUAUCGCUGCCCCCACUGCCAGCAGUGUUUCAGCCACCAUUCAGCACUUAAGAUUCAUGAGCACAUCCACACCGGUCAGAAACCCUAUAUUUGCCUGGAAUGUGGGAAACGGUUUGUUUCCUCGUCCACGCUUAAAAUACACAAGAGGAUCCACACGGGAGAGAAGCCAUUUUCUUGUGCCGAAUGCGGGAAACGGUUUAUCCAGCGUUCCAAUCUGAUUUCACACCAGCGAACACACUCCGGAGAGAAGCCCUUUUGCUGUGGCGUGUGCGGGAAAAGAUUCAGCUACCCAUCGGAUCUCACCAGGCACCAGAAAAUCCACACAGGAGAGAAACCGUUCCCCUGUGAUGAGUGUGAGAGAAGAUUUACCAGGUUCUCUGAUCUUGUCAUACACCGGAGAAUCCACACUGGGGAGCGGCCGUAUCGCUGUCUCGAGUGUGGGAGGAGGUUCAGACAGAAGAGCGCUUUGGUAACGCACCAGAGAAUCCACAUGAAAGAGAAGACGGCAGAAAAAAAGAAGCCCGAGGAACCUGCAGAACCACAGGAAAAUAGUGAAUCGAAAACCAGUGAAAUGGAGGAGAAAGCUGACAUUUCAGAAGAAAAAGAGAAAGAUGCAUCAAGUACCUAGAAAGAACUGACCUUGCCCCAUCUUCCUGCACUGGCCAACCCCUUCCUCACUGGCAAGGAAAUCUCAGAUAGGGGUUGAAGCGGUUUCAUCUUGUUUCCUUGAUAGCUUCCAUUCUUUCUCUAACAUUGAUUAUUCCCCCUGCUGAACAUAACUGGACCUUGGUUGGGGGACUUGACUUGACUCAGGACUUAAUGCAUCGUUAACCCCUCUGCCUCUUCCUUAUCCCAGUAAAGUCUGCUGUGUGAAAAUUACUUAUUGGUGGAGGGACAUCGAGAGAGGGAUACCUUUACCUCUGCAGUGGCUGCAACAGAAAUCCAAGCCACAAUUCCCAGCUCUUUCCCCAUUUUCAUCCUGAAGGGCAAAGCACCGUUCUCUGUUAGAGAAGCUGAUGGCUCCAUUGACUGAAUGAAGAGAAACCUGAUGAUGGGAGGUUGUUCCAUUCUCUGCCUGUCUGUACCUGGAGUGACAUUGGAGCAGAGGGCUCUCUUGAAGAAGGGAACAUUAUGUGACAUCAUGUUUCUCUAAGCAAACCCUUUGGAGCCUAUUGAGCUGAAGGCCAACCCCAGGUUUCCAGACUGUACUUUCAUUCUCCGUUGAACAUGCAAGAAAAAGACUAUGGAAACUGCCUUGUUCAGACAGCAGAUGGCAAUCGCCACCAUGUUCUCCUUGAGAGCUCCUUAGGAACAUCCCAUUGUCUGUUGCUGUAUGCAGGGUGAUCAGUGAUGUGAGUCUUGGUCUGAUACAGAGAGACAAUUCUUCCAUUCAGGGGAUACCAGGUUGUGCAGUUUUGUAUGUCCUCCCGCUAAAGGGUCGGCAUCAACUAUCAUUCCUAAGAUUUUUGUAGUCCCCCUAGGUGCUGUGAGGUUUGGUACAGGGUCAAGAGGGAGUGCCAUGUCACUUCUGAAGGAUCACCAUGCCAGAUCCCAGGGCCAGAGUGGCCACGUGUUUUUAGGCACAAGAGAUUUGGGUUUCUUGUGCAGUAAAUUUCACGGUUUUAUGAGAAAGUUGCAUUCUCUCAACCCGAGUUCCCUGUCUGUACAAAGGUGAAUAACAAGGCCCUACCUCAAAGAGUUGUAGUGACAACAAACAGUGUAAAGACUGGAUGUCACAUCCUUCAUUGGUCAUGCUGUACAGUCAGUGUAAUAACGGGUCAUACCUUGAGGGUGGUGGAACAAAUCCACUGGGAACGGACCCAUACAACAGCCAGGCCUUUCUCCUGUGUGAUUGGCCGGAGUGUAGCCAAUGGUAAUGGCAUGUUUGGGAACCCUUUUUUUGUCCCUUUGUGGAGUUAAGCCUAGCUGUCUCCCAUGUAGUGGAGCAUUUUUGGAAGUUCCAUCGGCCAUGAUGCUUUGAAGUGCCAUUAUAUGUACUUGGUUGGAUUCCUCUUGCCUCCACCCCAAUAACAAAGGCUGUCAAGGCGCCAAUUCCCCUUCUUCCACUGUUCUUGGAAGAAAUAUAAUAUGCAGAACAGCAAGUCCUCCCCUUCUCAAAGUGCCCUUGCAGCAAUCCCCUCCUGUUUCUUCCUCACUAAUGCCACUGCAGCUGUAUCCUUCUCAUUUUCUCUCUCUCCAUACCUUUCUCAUCACCUGAAACAUUUUUUUCCAGGAAUGGGAGAAAUAGAUGCUGAAAAUGCGCAACCAAUCAGGACCACAUUUUGGCCCAUUUGCUGACCCUUCCUGCUUUUUAAAAGUGCAAAUGGAUAACUCCUGAAGUCCAUAAUCUGUAGAGUUGUUUUUUUAAACUGUGGGAGGGAAUGCUGCUAGAAGUUGGUCCCCUUCUGCAUGAUAUUUCCUCCAGGUAGGCAGAGCUAUGAACGACUCCCAUUUCUGGAAACAUCGAGAAAAAGAGCAUCGUGUGGUUUGGGAUGCAGGUGCCAAGACAGUCUGUGCUCUGUGAAAUAGCCAUUUGCCAUAUGGGCUGUAAUUGGGACCCAAUACCAUGUUGAGGAAAACCUGCUCAGAGAUGCCACACAAUUCCAUAGUGACUCCCUGACCUCAGUCAUAUGGGUGGUUGAUUGUGGUGCCAGAGUGACCGGGGGCGGGGUGCUUUCCACAUGCUCAGAGAGAGCAUUUUUUUUCAUGAAGAGGAUCAACACUUGCUGAAAUUGAGCUGUGGCCAGUGGGACCCAAGUGUCACCUCCCAUCUUUGCUCUCAUUGGUUUUUGAGCAAGUGGGAAUAGUUAGCAUUCACCAUGGUGUACAGGAGUGAGGGACGGGGGACAAAAUGGACUGCUCUUCUAAGGGGAGCUCCUGGAUCUCCAAGCUGCCUUUUCCUCAGUUGCUGUGAGAAAGGGGGAAGGUGAAUCUUUCGAACAAUAUCGCUAGUCUUCUGUCUCUCCCCACCCCCCUGUUAUUUGUGAAAAAUUGGCUAUUUUAGUUCAAAAUGGCAUGGCUGUUACUGUGUAUAUGUAUAUUUGUUUGGAUGAGGGGAAAAUACAGUGAUUAUUCUUCUAAUGAUUGGGGGGAGUGAAUAAUAGACACAAAAUAUUAGGGUAGGAUUGAGGGAAGAGGUAGGCUUGGGGUGGGAAGAAGAGACUUAAAAGUUGCAGUUCUUGAUCCAAAGUAUUUUUAGAAAUUGUAAAGUCAAGUAUUUAAACAGAGAUAUUCACUGAUCUGCAAAGGCUGCUUGCCAGGAUCCCUUCUUCCUUUACUUCGGGCCAAGUACAUGGUUUGAAUUGUCAAUACCAGACAGCGCUAUGAUUUGGUUGGGAGGCAGAGGUACCUGGAUCUGUUCCUCCCUGUUGAUUAAUGCAGUCAGAGCUGGCAGUGUGUUUACGGGGUAACAGUUCACAGCCUCCUCCUUCCACACUUUGUUGCAGAUCCAGAAAAGGAGAUCCAUACAUGGAGACUUAUUUGUAUGCAUGUAUUACUUUUACUGGAUGGGGAUGAGUGAAUUGUAUCCAAAGAUGAUGGACGCAAGCAUCAUUUUAAAAAAACAGCCAAUUUUUCUGGUCAUGUCAGAAGCAGCCUCAGAGCGGGCGUAUGCUGACUCAUUCAUUCAUGCUGUGUCUCAUGUACGCAGACUUACUGGAUGAGCACCACUGGGCACAGUCCAGCGAUGUGUGUGCUAGCAGUGCUUGUUCUUAAAUUAAUGUCAGUUUCCUGGCUGUUGCUCAAAAUCUGCAAACAGCUUUUUUUUAAAAAAAAAAUGUUCGGAGAAUGUGACAAGUGGUUUAGAAGUCUACUGGAUAGGAGCCAGACCCCAAAGUACGCUCCUCCUCCCCCAUACAUGUUGCACAUACGGAUCCCGCACAUGAACUCUGCUAAAACGCAAUUUAGAUUUGUCUCCUGAACUAUGAAGCCUUGGCAGAUGUGCAGUCCUCUCUACUGGCAUUUCUGUCUCCUGGGUGAAUUGGCUGUCUUCUCAGUCUGUGUCGCUGUUCUUUAUUUUAGAGACCAACGGGUGAGCUUCCAUAGUAUAAACUCAUACGUGUUUGUUGUUUUCCAGCUUUUAACAUUUUUGAAAUCUGACUGAAUAUCACUAGAGCUUCUGAUCUGAAAGGAAAUACUGGCAGCUUUACACACACACCCCACACACACACACACUAAAUAAAAAUUCAGUAAUAGUUAUCCAGCUGGAGUUCUCAUGUCCUCUUUCUGUACCUUUAGCUGAUGAGAAG